GCUUGCAAACGAAAGAGGACUCCGGGAGCGCCUCAAUAGAUGCAAGAAUGGUGAACCUGAACAUGAAAGAAGCGCCCCGCUAGAGAGCUAGUCCUAGGAGAAAGCUAGCAGGGGCUUCUUCCUGCGGAAAUGUCUGUUACACAAUCCCGGUGGUAAUGUGUGCCGCUGUUGCAGCAGCUCGCGCCUGGGCCCGGAAAAGGUCUGUCGCAGCAGUUGUGAUUUGGACAUCGAUAAAAGCGGUGCCGUUCAAGAUGGAUUGUUCCUGCCACAUUCGGUCCGGGCAAUCGCACGCCUUUCAAUCAGUUCAGUCAGGUUCCACUGCACACUCUAAGCAUGUUGUUACUCAUUUAGACUGCGGGAUAAAUGCGCCUGUCAUGGGGUCCCAGAGAGCGGUAAGCUAUGGCGGUGCCCAUAAGACGGUGCGUCUGCGGGGGUGCUUUUUAGGCAGCUUUGGGGGCGGGUUCCAUAGCAAGUUCAUGGAGAAUUUCAACACCCACUUUGGAGGGGCUUAUCACACCCACAAAGGGAGCUCCUGGGAGGCCCUGCGGAUGCUUGGUGUGCCCGCACACAACUGGGAUAAUGAAGCGUGGGCCGGUUGGCAGGGCCUACCUGAAAAGAAGCGGGCUCGAAUUAUCCGCAGUGCCAUAGAUAUGGGCUGUGAGCGCAGGAGCAACAACGACGUCAUGCCGGGUGAAAAGAUUCACCUCAGGGGCAACGCAAUGCUGUCUCUUGACAAGCCGGAUCUAGUGAUGAAUGGCAAGAGCGCUGCAAUCCAAGAGCUUUCGCAGCACUUCUCCGGUCCGUCUCAAACAGUUGGCGAAGGACAGAAGGUACUUGGAACUGAGCAGCUGGAGAAGUCAACUGCUGGUGACGAGUCAGAAAGUAAGAACGGUGCUGUAACCAAUGGGGUUCUGAGAAAUGAUGCUGUCAGCAUUUCAAGUGAGGGGGCCGGGGCAGGAACUCACCGAUUUGGGGCAGAGCCGGAAGGGGGUUUGGCGUGGUUGCAGGAGCUGAGCAUCAGCAACUUCGCUCUUGUAGAGGAGCAGAUCGUCAUGUUCAGCCCCGGGCUAAACGUCAUCACGGGCGAGAGCGGCUCCGGCAAAACCAUCCUCCUACAAGCGCUCGGCCAGAUUCUCGGCGCCUCCCUCGCGGAAGACUCAAUCCGCCCCCCCGCCACCUCAGCAACCCUCGAGGGCCGUUUUGUACUUGCCCCCAUGCUUCGGCCAAUCCUGGCCUUCCACCUGGACGGCAAUCCAACGGCCGUGAUCGCGACACUUGGCGAUGCGGGGACGUCGAUGUUGGGCGGUCCAGUCCAGUUGGUUCUGGCACGGGAGAUCCUUGGCAGGGGGGACGAAAACGGGCCGGGAAAAGGGGGGGACGACAGGAGGGCGGGGAAGGCGCGCAGCGUGUGUAAGAUCAACGGGGCGCUGGUGCCGCUUAAAGUGUUGCGGCGGGUGGGGGCGAUGCUGGUGGAUGUGAACGGGCAGAACUCGCAGGCGACUCUGCGCUCCGAGGCCUCCCAACUCGAGAUGCUCGAUCGCCACGCUGGGGCAUCCUCAUACCGCGAGCAGUUCGCGCAGCUCACGGAGCGGGCGCGCGCCAUCUGGCGUGAGAUGGAGGAACUAGGGAAGGGGGGCCAACGGGAAGAGAAAGAGCUGACGGAACUGGUGGAGGAGGUCGGGGCGCUGGGGAUGGACUACGGAGAUGAGGAGACGUGGCGGAACGAGCUGAAGCAACAGGAGGCCGAGCAGGCUGCGGCCGACCACUGCCGGGCGGUGCACUCCCUCAUGUCGGAGGCCGGUUCGAGCGGCCGAGGGGUAUCCCCCUCGGGCCGCGGGGGGGCCGGGAUCAAGGGCAGCUUGCGGGCGGUGGUUCGGGAGCUGCAGAGCAUCGUGGGCGAGUCGGACGACGGGGAGGUGGUGACAUGGAGCGGGGAGGCGUCCGGGAGUGACGUCAGCGACGCGCUGGAUAUGGUCGUCGAGGCGCAGGCGCUGCUCGAGGCCGCGGAAGCGCGCGUUCAGGAAUUUGCCUCGGGGCUGCGCUUCUCGGAGUCGCGCGCGCUGCAGUUGAAGCAGCGGUUGCGUCAGCUCCAGAAGCUGCUUCGGCGGUAUGAUGUCGAGACGGCCGACGAGCUGCUGGAGAAGGCGGAAGAAGCGGAGGAGCGGCUCAAUGGAAAAGGUGAUGCGGAAGUGCGGCGAGAAGCGCUCCAGGCAGAGUGGGAAUCCCUCGUUCCCGCGCUGUGCAAAACGGCGCUGGAGCUGAGUUUGCAGCGGCGGCGCGCGGCGGAGGGGCUGCGGCAGGCGGUCGAGGAGGCGCUGAAGCAGCUGGCCAUGGAGCGGAGCAGGUUCCACGUGGACGUCGCCUGGGUGAAAGGUUCGGCCUCUCCUGCCAACUUAGAUGCCGCCGAUGAAGACGAACUAGACGAGGACGAGUUUGAAGAAGACGACUUUGAGGAAGAGGACGACGUUUUCGACGAGUCCGAAUCCGAAGACGAGCCGCCGCCCAUUCUCAUCGACAAGGGGCUCCUGCGGGUCCCGGACGCUGGACAGGUCGGCGAGGCCGCAUCCGAGUAUUACCACUUCACAUCGUCCGGCGUCGACCGCGUGACGUUCAAGCUAGCCGCGGGCGCGGGAGAGCCGCUGCUGCCGCUGAGCAACGUGGCGUCGGGAGGAGAAUGCGCGCGCGUCAUGCUGGCGCUCAAAACCGUUCCCGGCGCGGCGGAGGGCGGCGUUCCGGUGGCCGUGUUCGACGAGUUGGACAGCGGCGUCGGCGGCCGGAUCGGCGCGCGUCUCGGGAGCAGCCUGCGGCGGCUUGCGAGCGCGGGGCAUCAGGUGUUGUGCGUGACGCACCUCCCCCAGGUGGCGGCAUAUGCCGACCAGCACGUGCGGGUGGUUAAGGAACCGGGUCAGGACGGCCGGUCGGUUACUCGGGCGGAGGUGCUGGACAAGGAAGAAGCCCGGUUAGAAGAGAUAGCCAGCAUGCUGGGGUUGGGCAUCCCUGCGGCGCGGGACUUGCUAGCGGGCGUCACUAGCAACGGUGCGCCAAGCAGCCUCGCUUUGGACGACGCCCCACCGGCGCGCUCGGCUAAUCAGGCGCCCAAGUAGUUACUAAUAAGGUAAGCGGAUAGGAAUUUUACUAAGCUGACUCACAAAUAUUAGAUAAUGCGUAAAGCGCAGCAUGCCAAGCCCGCGUUUCUGGCGUGCUUUGUUGUAAAAACUAAUUGCGGAUACAUAGCCAUUAUGGAGAUAAUAGGAGGAUUGAGCAUACUCGUCAAGCUACCUGGAAACUUCCAGCCGGAUCUGCAGGCAGAUUCAAUAGGCAAUAACGGCAUAAUGCUGCGCUCGCAAGCUGCCCUGUAAAAUAUAAACCUAAAAGCUGGUCAGUGUAUGUAGCAUAAAAGUAUAGCUGCAGGUGAUCUGAUUUUUAGACAUAUGUAGUUGUGUUAAAGCCUUGCUGAGUAGAUUGAAUACAAACACCGGUGUGCAUGCAAGUUCUCGUACGUGAAUCAGAGC